AUGGGGUUUGAUGGCGACAAGAAGAGGAAAUGCAUCAUCGCAGGUAGUGUUUCGGGUUUGCUAGUCAUCAUGGUAGUUUCUGUAGCCGUCGUAACGUCUAAACACUCACCCAAAGGCGAUGAGAAUGAAAUCCGGAAAACCACCAAAGCGGUUCAAGCAGUUUGUGAACCCACUGACUACAAAGAAACCUGCUUCAACAGCUUAAUGAACGCUGAACCCAAAAACACUGAGCCUCUUGACCUCAUCAAACUCAGCUUCAACGUCACUAUCAAAUCCAUCCACGAAAGCCUAAAAAAAGCCUCUGGAGAUGUUAAAGCCAAGGCUAGCAAAGACCCAGCAGCAAAAGGUGCUUUCGAGCUGUGUGAGAAGGUGAUGAUUGACGCUAUUGAUGACCUGCAAAAGUCUUUCAAUAGAGGGUUCUCGCUUGCUCGGAUCGAAUACUAUGUUGAGGAUCUUCGGGUUUGGCUAAGCGGCUCCAUUGCAUUCCAACAAACAUGUAUGGAUUCCUUUGAGGAAAUUAGGUCGAAUCUUAUGCAAGACAUGAUUAACAUCUUCAAAACAUCAAAAGAGCUUAGUAGCAAUAGCCUUGCCAUGGUUACUGGCAUCUCAAGCCUUGUCCCAAAUUCCAACAUCACAGGACUAACCGGAGCUCUUGCAAGCUACGCGAGAAAGCUUCUCUCUACGGAAGAUGGUAUCCCAACAUGGGUUGGACCAGAGGCAAGACGGCUCAUGGCGGUUCAAGGAGGAGGACCAGUGAAGGCUAAUGCCGUGGUGGCUCAAGACGGAAGUGGCCAGUUCAAGACCAUCACCGAUGCUCUAAAUGCUGUGCCUAAAGGCAACGCAGUACCAUUCGUCAUCUACAUCAAAGAAGGUAUCUACAAGGAGAAAGUAAUGGUCACAAAGAAAAUGCCACACGUCACUUUCAUCGGCGACGGACCAACCAAGACCGUAAUCACCGGUAGUCUCAAUUUCGGUAUCGGAAAAGUCAAGACCUACCUAACAGCCACCGUCACAAUCGAAGGUGACCACUUCACAGCGAAGAACAUCGGAAUCGAAAACACAGCCGGACCAAAAGGAGGACAAGCGGUGGCGUUGAGAGUCUCGGCGGAUUACGCCGUCUUCUACAGCUGUCAAAUCGACGGUUACCAAGACACGUUAUACGUUCACUCUCACCGGCAAUUCUACCGUGACUGCACAGUCUCCGGCACCGUCGAUUUCAUCUUCGGCGACGCGAAAUGCAUCCUGCAGAACAGUAGAAUCGUCGUUCGAAAACCUAAACGAGGUCAAUCGUGUAUGGUUACAGCUCAGGGACGAUCCGAUGUCCGUGAAUCGACCGGAAUUGUGCUACAUAACUGCCAUAUAAUGGGAGAUCCGGCGUAUAUUCCGGUGAAGACUGUGCGCAAAGCUUUUCUCGGAAGGCCAUGGAAGGCGUUUUCGAGGACGAUCAUCAUGAAGACGACGAUCGAUGACGUCAUCGAUCCAGCUGGAUGGCUUCUUUGGCAGGGAGAGUUUGCGCUCAAGACGCUAUUUUACGCCGAGCAUUUGAAUAUUGGGCCUGGAUCGACUCAGGCCCAAAGAGUAAAAUGGCCCGGAAUCAAGAGAUUAUCGCCCAAUGAGGCCCUUAUGUUUACUGGGGACAGAUUCUUACUUGGCGACACGUGGAUCCCACAAACACAAGUCCCGUACACCGCGAACAUGUAG